AUGGCUCCCAUGCAGAAAAGAAAGUUUACUGGCAAGUCCUUUAAGUCGGAAGAGGCAUACAAGGAAGACCACUCCAAGGGCAAGAUGCUGCGUUUUGAGGACUCCUUGCCUCGACUGCCAGUUCCAACUCUUGCCGAAACGUGUCAAAGAUACCUCAAAUCGAUACACCCUCUGUUAUCCAAGGAAGAGUAUGCUGCUUCAGAAGAUGCAGUCGCCAAGUUCGAACAACAAGCAGCAUCGUUACAGGACCGCUUAGUCGAGAAAGCCGAAAAGCCAGAAGUGAAGAACUGGAUAGCAGACUGGUGGAACGAAGCUGCCUACCUAGCCUACAAGGACCCUAUCGUGCCAUACGUAUCCUACUUCUACUCUUUCCGUGACGAUCGAAAGCGCCGAAACCCUGCAAAACGAGCUGCGGCUAUAGUCACUGGUGCGCUCGAAUUUCAAAAAGAGGUGGUAUCAGGCACACUUGAGCCCGAAUAUAUGCGUAAGAAGCCAAUGGCCAUGUCCAGUUACAUCUACAUGUUCAAUACCUCCAGAGUAGCUGCCGAACCUGCCGACUACCCAAUUCAGUAUCCACCUGCCGAGAAUCAACACAUAAUAGCUAUACGACACAACCAAUUCUGGAAGAUACCGACACACGUCGAUGGCAAAGUACUCAACACCUCCGAACUCGAACAACAGUUCACCAAAGUAUACAAAGCAGCACAAACCUCCCCUCCCAUUGGUAGCUUGACCUCUUUGCCUCGAGAUCAAGGUGCCAAGGCUCGUGCUAACCUACUCAAUGCCUCUUCGAACAAUGCUGCUGCUUUGAAGGAGAUAGAAGCCGCCUCAUUCGUAAUAUGUCUCGAUGCUGCUAACCCAGUAACACUCGAGGAACGAGCCCGUGCAUAUUGGCAUGGAGAUGGCGCAAACAGAUGGUACGACAAGCCGGUGCAGUUCAUUGUGAACGACAACGGUACGGCGGGUUUCAUGGGUGAGCAUUCAAUGAUGGACGGCACACCCACUCAUCGAUUGUGCGACACUGUGAACGCUCUCAUUGUCAACGAAAAACUAGACUUCAAUAAUCCAACCAUCCGCAGCACAAUACCUGAUCCCACGACCGUCAAGUUCGAUCUCGAUGAUCAAGUCAUCAAGGACGUUUCAUCGGCCCAGCAGCAGUUCGGAACCGUCAUUGCUGCUCAUGAACUCCGAGUCCAGGCAUACCAGGGCUAUGGAAAGGGUAUGAUAAAGAAGUUCAAGUGCAGUCCUGAUGCCUAUGUGCAGAUGAUCAUCCAGCUCGCUUACCACAAGAUGUAUGGCAAGAACAGACCUACUUAUGAGUCAGCAGCGACGAGGAAGUAUCAAUUGGGACGAACAGAGACCACGCGAACAGUCUCCAACGAAUCUGUAGCGUUUUGUGAUGCUAUGGCAAACCCCGAAAUCGGCCGUGAGGAGUGUGAGCAAAUGUUCAGAAAAGCCGUGGAAGCACAUGUCAAGUAUACACAGCUUGCUUCUGACGGCUAUGGUGUUGAUCGACACUUGUUUGGCUUGAAGAAAUGCCUUAAGGACGGCGAGGAAGUCCCAGAUCUAUACAAGGAUCCUGCUUACACAUACUCGUCCUCGUGGUUCAUCUCUAGCUCGCAACUGAGUUCAGAGUACUUCAACGGUUACGGUUGGAGUCAAGUCAUCGACGGUGGCUGGGGUAUUGCAUAUAUGAUCAACGAGAAUAGCAUCCAAUUUAACGUAGUCUCGAAACACCUCGGAUCGGAGAGAAUGUCGCACUACCUGAACGAGGCUGCUGGUGAUAUCAGGGACGUUCUCCUUCCUAGCUUGGAUACCAGCAAGUCAAGCAAACUGUAA